CAAACGUUCGAGAGAGUAAACAUCAAACGAAUCUGUACAAUUAUUGUUCUCCUUUUGAAUUUUAUCUUCAAUCAUCUGAAUUAUCUAGUAGGUGCAAAAAUGUCAAUCGGUGUCCCCAUUAAAGUUCUACAUGAAGCCGAGGGCCACACAGUUACUGUGGAGACCAUGCUUGGCGAGGUGUAUCGGGGCAAACUGCUUGAGGCUGAAGACAACAUGAAUGUACAGAUGGAAUCAUGUACAGUGACCUAUAGGAAUGGACAGACAGCUCGCCUGGAAAAUGUGUUUAUUCGUGGCUCCAAGAUCCGCUUCUUAAUAUUACCAGACAUGUUGAAGAAUGCUCCAAUGUUCAAAAAUAUGACAGGCAGGAAAGGUGGAGCAGCAGGCAGUGGUAAAUCCGCCAUUUUAAGAGCACAAGCCGCUCGAGGUCGAGGCAGAGGUGGACGGGGAGGAAGGGGUUGGGGCCCAGGGGGUGCGAUGAGGAGGUAAACCAUCCCCAUGAUGAGAGGGCCCACUCCAUUUCUUCACCAAUUUGCGUUAGUUUAGGUUUGAUUAAAGAAGCUCCCCAAUCCAUGGGUACAGAAAUGUUGGAAUGGAAGAUUUAUUCAGUGAGAUUUUUUUUUACAAAUUUCAGGUUUAGUUAUUUAUUUUUCUUUGUUUGAACUCUUGGUGAAAUGGUGAAUGUUGAUCAUCGAAAGCUGACAUUUUCUUUAGAUUCUGAAACUUUAGUGCAGAGAAGAUUCUAAUUUUUUUUAGUGUGAGAUGUGUUGGACUGAACUGAGAGAAAAGCAAGAUAAUUUAGUUUAUACUGUUGUUGUGAUAUUUGUGUUUAUAUUUUAUCAAUGGAUUUCUUUUGCUUUGAGUUGAUUUAUAAUGGUCUUUUUGUGUUGAUAUCAUCUCAUUUAAAUUUUCUCUGCCCAAGUCGGUCUUGUACCUGGAAACAUUUUGUAAUUGACAACUAUUGGUUAUCAGUUACUAUUACAGGAAUACCAUUCCACUCAAUUUUUAUAGGAAAUAUACUACUGUAUUCUGAAUGCUGUACAAUGGAAUGGAAUGUUUUGUAUGAAUGUCAAGUCGAUUAUCUUUGUAUGUCAAGUCUAGAUGUUAAUUUGAAGCUUGAUACUAUAGAGAAAGAAAUUUAUAUGCUCAAAAA